CUGACAUCAGAGCCGGGCCGCGCCGCGCCGGGAGGAGGAGCCGCCGCCGCACCGGAGCCGUCGCUGGUCUCGGGGCCGGGGAGUACCGGCGGGGGGAGGCGGCGGCGGCGCUGCUGCUGCUUCACCCCCCCCCCCCUCCCCGCCCCAUCCCGCUCCCGCGGGGCUCCGCCGGCCGCCCGUCCCGGAGCCCCCUCGCCCCGCCGCCCGCCCGGCGCGGCCCGCCCGCCGCCCGCCAUGCUGUCCGGGGCCCCGCCGCCGCCCGCCGGCUUCCCCAGCCCGCCGCCGCCGCAGCCGCCGCCGCCCCCGCCGCCCGCCGCGCUCCCCCACGGGCCGCCGCCGCCGUUCUCAGGGAAGGGCGGCCUGCAGAUCCGGAAGAAUGCCAUCACGGACGACUACAAGGUCACCACGCAAGUGCUGGGGCUCGGCAUCAACGGGAAAGUUUUGGAGAUCUUCAGUAAGAAGAGCGGGGAGAAGUUCGCUCUCAAGAUGCUGCAGGACUGCCCGAAGGCCCGCAGGGAAGUGGAGCUGCACUGGAGGGCGUCACAGUGUGCACACAUCGUCCGCAUCAUGGAUGUCUACGAGAACCUCUACCAGGGAAGGAAGUGUCUGCUCAUUGUCAUGGAGUGCCUGGACGGCGGGGAGCUCUUCAGCCGCAUUCAAGACAGGGGAGACCAGGCCUUCACAGAGCGGGAGGCUUCAGAGAUAAUGAAGAGCAUUGGGGAAGCCAUCCAGUACCUACACUCAAUCAACAUUGCACACCGAGAUGUGAAGCCAGAAAACCUCUUGUACACCUCCAAAAGACCCAACGCUGUGCUGAAACUCACGGACUUUGGCUUUGCUAAAGAAACUACCACGCACAACUCCUUGGCCACUCCGUGCUAUACACCGUACUAUGUGGCCCCGGAGGUGCUGGGCCCGGAGAAGUAUGACAAGUCCUGUGACAUGUGGUCUCUCGGCGUCAUCAUGUACAUACUGCUGUGUGGGUACCCCCCCUUCUACUCCAACCACGGCCUGGCCAUCUCACCCGGCAUGAAGAAGCGAAUCCGCAUGGGCCAGUAUGAGUUUCCCAACCCGGAAUGGUCCGAAGUGUCAGAGGAAGUUAAGCAGCUGAUCCGCAACCUGCUGAAGACAGACCCGACCCAGCGCAUGACCAUAACGGAGUUCAUGAACCACCCCUGGAUCAUGCAAUCCAUGCAGGUGCCCCAGACCCCGCUGCACACCAGCCGUGUGCUGAAAGAGGAGAAGGAUCUGUGGGAGGACGUGAAGGAGGAGAUGACGAGUGCUUUGGCCACCAUGCGAGUGGACUAUGAACAAAUCAAGAUCAAGAAAAUCGAAGACUCCUCGAACCCUUUGCUGAUGAAGAGGCGGAAGAAGGCGAAUGCCCCCGAUGCUGCGGCACUGCCCCGCUGAGGGUCCCCCCAGCUCCCCCCAGACCCCAAUGCCGCGGCAUUAACCCCACUGAGGGACCCCCCAGCCCCUGAUGCCGCGGCAUUGCCCUGCUGAGGGACCCCCCAGCCCCUGAUGCCACAGCAUUGCCCUGUGGAGGGACCCCCCACCCCCCCCAGCCCCCAACAAAGCAAUAACUAUAUAUAUAUAUUUUUUAAAAAAAGACAAAAAGAGACAGACUGUUGCAUCAGGCACGUGGGGUUCAGACAUUUAUACCAGACUAGUUAUUUUUAGCUACUCACCUGUGUUUCUGGGCCUUGUGGAGCGGGCGGUGAGACCCCCCCCGUCGGGCAGAGGCUCGGGGGUCUGUCCUGGCCGUGGCAGCAGCCAGAAGGGCAGUUUCUGACUUCUGAUGUUUUUUAUUUCCUUCCUUCCAAAGACAUGGAGAUUCCUGUGGUGACCUUUGUAGGGUGUAUAACGUAUAAAUAUUUUUUAAAAUA